UAUACCUUGGAGAAGUUGAAUCACGUCAUGCAUUGGCGCGAAGAGGCCGGUGCACCCGAUAUGAUCAAUUUGGUUGACUUGGCCAACGGUCCAGAAUCUGCACCCGAAGCAUUGGAAGACCCAGAACGAUUGGUCAAAGCCAAAGCAAUGGUUUACGCACUAAAUUAUGGAUCUCUUUACUGGCACGGUCUUACCAAAGACGGUCGCCCAGUUUUGUGGCUUCGAACCAACCGUAAACCCUGGUACCCCGAUGUGGAUGCCGAGGUCAACGCUCUGAUCUCCAUGGCCGAUGUUGGAAUCAAACAUAUGCCAGCGGGAGUCACCGACUUUAUCUGUGUGUCCGAAUCAUCGUCUCCGCCUCCUCCAAAUCCUACCUUCAUGAUCAAGAUGCUCAAAGCGCUGGUCAAAGGCUACCCCGACCGUUUGAAUGUGUUGCUGUCAGCCCCUGUAUCAAGCAUCGUACAAUUUGUGAUGAAUUUAUUGCUCCCAUUGAUGCCUGGAAGAUUGGCGUCAAAGGUUGUAUUGCUAGAUGUCGAGGGAGCCAAGCCAAAGCUCGCUGAGUUGCUUCUCAAUGGGGAAGAAGACAUCCCAAACUUCUUUGGUGGACCUUGCAACCACGAUGAAUACUACCCAGAUCCUUCCCAAUGCGAAAAUCGAGGCCAAGGGACUCUUACCUUCGACUGGUACGGAAUGGUAGAGCGACUUGAAAAGGCGAAGAGAGAAUUCGAAGCAAAGAAAUAAUACAUGUUAGGGGCAACGUUCUUGAAUUUUGUAGUUGCGUACUAUUGCAAAUUAAAAUCAAACGACUGAA